AUGGGGAACAUAUUCGGGAACCUCCUAAAGAGCCUGAUUGGGAAGAAGGAGAUGCGGAUCCUGAUGGUGGGGCUGGACGCAGCAGGGAAGACCACCAUCCUGUACAAGCUGAAGCUGGGGGAGAUCGUCACCACCAUCCCUACUAUUGGGUUCAACGUGGAGACAGUGGAGUACAAGAACAUCAGCUUCACCGUGUGGGACGUGGGCGGCCAGGACAAGAUCCGGCCCCUCUGGAGGCACUACUUCCAGAACACACAGGGCCUGAUCUUCGUGGUGGACAGCAAUGACCGAGAGAGGGUGAACGAGGCACGGGAGGAGCUCAUGAGGAUGCUGGCUGAGGAUGAGCUGCGGGACGCUGUGCUUCUCGUCUUCGCCAACAAGCAGGACCUGCCCAAUGCCAUGAAUGCUGCUGAGAUCACAGACAAGCUGGGCCUGCACUCCCUGCGCCACCGGAACUGGUACAUCCAGGCCACCUGCGCCACCAGCGGGGAUGGCCUCUACGAGGGCCUGGACUGGCUGGCCAACCAGCUCAAGAACAAGAAGUGAGGCGGCCCCACUGCAGGGGGCAGGGGCGGGACACUGGGGAUUUGGGGGUGGGGUGGGUGGCGUCAAUUUGUUGUAUUUUCAAGGGUAUGGGAGGGAGGAUUGGGGGCUCAGGAGAUCAGUGUGAAUUUCCACCAACACACUCUCUCACACACACACACACAGCUCAACAUCUCUCUCCACUCCUCUUCUGCUAAGAUAGGUUUGCUUCUAUAUAGUUUCAGAAGGAAACAGGUGCCUCCAGAGGAAACCCAUGGGCUUUUCUGUGUGGGGAACCUGCUGUCAAACAGUGCUGAGGCAGAAAAGCUUUGUGACUCGCCUAGAUGUCUUGCUGUUUGUUUGCGUUCUCACUAAUUGCUGCAUAAUUUGGUAUCCCAUGGUGUAACAUAAAAGGCAAAACAGGAAAAUCAUUCAUUUAUUCAUACCACAUACCUCAAAACUAGAAGGCACUGAACAGAGGGGGAGGUUGGGGUUUCCCAAACUGGGGCCUACAACAGCCUACUGUCUCUUAAUUGACACCAGGUUGACAUUUACCAGGGGUAAUUAAAAAAGUACUCAUGAUUUUCUUGAUGAAAUGCCUAUUUUGUCUGUUUGCAACAGAUGCUAGUGUGAAACCUUGGCUGUUGCCUUGGUUUUAGAAUCAGCCAGGGUAAGUGACAAUGUAGCUGUGAGUGUAUGCAGAGUCCUGGGAUGGUUCAUCUUAAGCAGUAUGGGACGUCCAUGCCUAUUUCCUUUGUGACCAUGAAGUCAGGGUGAGUUUCCAGCACUACAGUCCAGAAAGGAAGAUCAGAAUACAAGUCUACAGGCACCUUUUUUUGUUUUGUAUUGGCACCUUGAGGCAUAUCUGAAACUUUCACUACAUGCAGAGAUGAGUUCAGACAUGUGAUGAUCUCAGUCAUUAUUAACAGAGCAUAAAGACACUGCAGCAAAGACCCUGGUACAAGGCCAGGAAAACCCUGGUGCAGGGCAACUCGAGCAUUUCAGUCAGCUGUUGUUUUGCUGCCAGUCAUGUUUUGGAGUUCAGUAAGAAAGCAGUUUAUGUGUUAACUGACACCCCCAUAACCCCACCCCCGCUUUGUUUGUGUCAGCUGAAACAGAACUGUGUAAAUACAAACCUCUCUACAUAUCUCUGGAUUUAAUGCAAACUGCUUCAUGCAGACCUGCAAAAGUUCAAAGGUCACACAUGGUAAAAAAAAAAAAGCUUCCAAAUAUAGUAUGUACAGGCAGGAAUAGUAGUGAUAUUAGUUUUUCUGGUGGAAGACCACUAAAACACCUGCAGUAAAGUCAUUCCGACCUGUGACUCAAGGUAAUCAUUUUUCAUUCCUGAACCAAAAUCUCAGCUCAGUCAAGCCAGGAUGAAACACAAGACUCAACAAACUCAGAAGAAAAAUGUAUCCAUAAACUUUGUAGUGCUUUUUGUGCUACACUAAUCUGUUCACAACAGCUGGACUAGAGAUGUUUUCACUGAGAUUGUAUUAUGAUGUCAUAAUUGAGGGUCACAGACUACAUUCUUUUUCUGUUUUACUGACUUUUCCUUUUAUGGUUUUUGCACAGUUGUGGUCAGUUAUGUCUGUGCAGAAUACUGUUUCAUAGUUUUGCCCCUGCUAUGCCCCUGUAUUUUCUAAUCCAACAAGGUGUGUUGUGUAAGUGUUACCUACCAAAAUGAAAUAGGAAACCUAAUCUUCAGAUUUUGUAUCAAAAUAAAAGUAUCUCUUGCCCCUUCCCCUUGACAAAGGAUUGUGUCCCAACAACAAAAACAGUGCAGGAGAUUGGGGGAUGUAUUGGAUUGAAAUGUGCGGAUUGUUUUUUGUUCCUGAGUUGUACUGAUGCAGUUUGUGUCUGGGUUCAGCAGGAUUUAUACACUUGGUGGGCAGAAGAAAAGGUAUUUCACCAUGGAAACUUCCCUGGUGAACCACACUCAUGCUUGUAUAGCUGCUCUCUCUGCCCCUUGUCUUGUUACUCAGGUUCUGCUUGUUUGCCUCAGGGUCAUUCCAUAUCAAAUCACCCAGAGGGUCCCAGGUCACCCUCUCAG